GCCCUCAGUCCCCGGGCGCUGGCUGACGCGGGUGGCUGGGACCGUUAGCUCGCCAGGCUGGCAGGCUCCCGGCCCCGCUCCGCUGGCGGCCGGGAUGGAGACGAUGCGAGCACAACGGCUGCAGCCCGGAGUGGGCACCGGCGGAAGGGGCACUCUUCGAGCGCUGCGGCCCGGCGUGACGGGGGCUGCAGCCACUGCCGCCACACCCCCGGCGGGGCCCCCGCCGGCCCCGCCGCCCCCUGCGCCGCCCCCACCGCAGCUGCUUCUGUCGGGAGCCGCGGGGCUGUCCCUGCCCCCCGGCGCCGCGGGCAGCCCCGCUGUGCUGCGUGAGGCGGUGGAGGCCGUGGUAAGGAGCUUCGCCAAGCACACGCAGGGCUAUGGCCGAGUGAAUGUGGUGGAGGCACUGCAGGAAUUCUGGCAGAUGAAGCAGUCUCGUGGGGCCGACUUGAAGAAUGGGGCUCUGGUGGUUUAUGAGAUGGUUCCUUCCAACAGCCCUCCCUAUGUCUGCUAUGUCACCUUGCCUGGGGGAAGUUGCUUUGGGAGUUUUCAGUUCUGCCCCACAAAAGCUGAGGCCCGGAGGAGUGCAGCAAAGAUUGCACUGAUGAACUCUGUGUUCAACGAACACCCUUCCCGAAGAAUCACUGACGAGUUCAUCGAGAAGAGCGUCUCCGAGGCCCUGGCAUCGUUCAAUGGCAACAGGGAGGAAGCUGACAACCCAAAUACGGGGAUUGGUGCCUUCCGAUUCAUGUUGGAAUCUAACAAGGGCAAGUCGAUGUUGGAGUUCCAGGAGCUAAUGACAGUUUUUCAACUGCUGCACUGGAAUGGCAGCCUUAAGGCCAUGAGGGAAAGACAGUGUUCUCGGCAGGAGGUGUUGGCUCAUUAUUCACACCGGGCCCUGGAUGAUGACAUUCGCCACCAAAUGGCCUUGGACUGGGUGAGCCGGGAGCAGAGUGUGCCAGGGGCACUGUCUAGAGAGCUGGCCUCUACUGAACGGGAGCUGGAUGAAGCUCGGCUGGCAGGCAAGGAGCUACGCUUUCACAAGGAGAAGAAAGAUAUUCUCAUGCUGGCUGCUGGGCAGUUGGGCAAUAUGCAUUCCUCCAACUGCUAGGCACCUUCCCUUAUAUUCCCCAUCCUUGGCACACCUUUUUUAUAUGUCUCCUUUCUAAGACUUAGGAUGAUUUCUGUAUAUAAUUUCUCAAUUUUAUACUUAAAAAAUAUAUAUGUAUGUAUAACUUCUAUCUCUGGAUUCCUGUUGCUAAGAGGUCCGUUUUCUAACUUCCAGUUUUUGGAUGAGUUUCACUUGAAACAUCUCCAUCCCACUUUACAAGAAAUAGUAACUGUCUCUAGAGCAUUGUUGGCUCUUACACUUCCAGGUGUAGUCUCUAGUCAUUUCAGUAACACAGUAUGAUUGACCAAGUGUUCAUAUGUUACUUCCUUCUUUUAAAAGAACAAGUAGACUGAAUGAAGACUGUAUGGCCCACUCUGAACCUCAUUCUUGCUUUCUCUUGCAUUCAAACAGGGUACAUGUAGGAAGCCUUUGGCUUUGGUUUAUCUUGAGCUGAAUCUGUAUGGUAUCCUUUCUUUCCUCUCUACUUCAUUACUCCUUUGCUUCCAAAUCCUCCUUUAUUUUGAAGCUUUCUUACCUUAUUACUCAGAAGAUAGUAGAGUUACUAUAAGAAGUUCUUAAAUUGUUCCUGAAAAACCACCUGGGAACAUGAGAAGAAUGAUAAACAUGAUUCAUGGGGGUUACUAGGGCUUGUGUAUAUCAUUCUAGCAUUCCAGAUUUCUAGAUGUACUCUAUAGUAAGGAAUCAAGCUCAAUGCUAUUUUUCAGUGUUCCCUUUUUACUUCUCCCCUACUCUCACCUUAAUUAAGUCUCAUAUUUAAACCUUCCUGCCUAUAGAGCUUGGUAGGUGAUAAAAAGCCCCCUGCCCCUCCCCAUAAUUUUGCUGUAUGGAAGUAAUAGCUAUUCUAUAUAGCAAGUAAGGGCCAAGUUCCUCUCACUUCCACUAAGCUGUUGCUGUUCACUACUUUAGAUGUAUGUAUCUUAGAUUCUCAUCUGUUUUGUCUCUUUGCCUUUUCUCCACAUUCAUUAUUUGAGCAUGAGUUAGGAAAACUAGACAAGACCUUGGUAUUAGGCAACUUCCUCACUGAAACUUUGGGAGACUGCAGGAAAGGGAAAGAGAACCAAUGAUCUGCUAUCUGUGUUUUUGAUAUGGAUAUCCUCCCCCACCUUUCUCUUUGGUGAAGUAAGAGAGAAAUUAUCUGCAGUAAAACUACAAAAUUCUCCUUUGAAGAACUUUUUGGAGAAUUACAUGUAGUAAGGUAUAUUUUCCCCUUGUUCUGUAAUCUCCUUUAUAUUAUAUUAUUGUUCAGUGCACUUUCUAAAGUUUGGAAAGUUUAAUGUUCCUGCAAUGAAUUUACAUUUAAUAACUGCAUUAUUUACGUUUAGAAGUAGAUUAAGAAAGAGACCAUAAUUUGCUGUUUGGGAUUAGAUAGGAGCAAGAUAAAAGGGAAUUUUCUUGCUUUUGAAAUCAUCUGGUGACUAGUACAUAUGAGAUCAGAGAUCAGGCGUCUGAUUGUAGUGAUGGUAAAAGGAGCUCCCUUGAUUCUCUCAACCCCAUCUUUGCAUUCUGUGGAAUACAGGUAGGGUUGGAGUAGAGGAUCCUACAUUAAAUAAUAGAUGCAUAUAUUUGUUUUCAUUAAUUGAUAUUUAUAACCCAGAAAUCAUACACUUUCCAGUUUCUCCUCUGCUUCUUCCUCUGGGAAGAAGUGUUGAUUGUGCAGAGAAUUGUCUUUGAACCUCCAAGAUUUAUUAUUUUCCUCAAAUAUUCAAGCUCCCAAAGAACUUGAGAAAAAAAUGUUCCCUAAUCUGUCUGCUUUGGUGUUGAUGAUUUUACUUCUCUUUUUAGUACUUUUUAUGUAUUUUGUAUGUAUAAUUUUGUAAAAUUAAAAAUAGAUUUUUGUCUAGUGA